UCUCGUCCGAAUUUGUUUGUGUUUUUGCAUGUGAUUGUGCACUCUGAGCAGAAAUCCCCUUCGCUAAAUCUAUUUGCACACGCCUUCAGCUGCCGGAUGAUCUUUUUUCCUUCUUCUUUUUUCGUGUCUGUGUACGGACCGCUUACCAUUAACAUACAGUAUAUUCCCGAGGAUCUCCGUCUUCAUCUCCGUGUGCUCUGCCGCGGAAGCAUUCCAAAAACCUCAGCUCACUUCCUUGCCAGGCCACGCCACACCAAGUUACCAACCUUUUUUUCUCUUCUGGAGAGGGAGAGAGAGGUCUGGAAGAUAUGGCACCCUCGAAGGCCAGAGCCUUUGAGUUCGAUGUGUUCUUGAGUUUUAGUGGAGCGGAUACUCGUUUUGACUUCACGGACUUCCUCAGUAGAGACUUGAAUAAUGCCGGAAUUCGCGUAUUCAGGGACGAAGAUGCAAUUGAGGUGGGUGAUAAGAUUGGCCAGACAAUUCUACAAGCUAUUGACAACUCCAAAAUCUAUGUACCCAUCAUCUCUCAAACUUAUCCUGACAGUGAAUGGUGUCUCAUCGAGCUUGAACACAUGAUGUACAAUGUGUUUAGGUCGAAUGCCAAAAAAAAGAUUUUUCCCAUCUUUUAUAAAGUGGAACCUGCGCAUGUUAAACAUCGGACUCCACGCCCCAAAAAUCUUUCCUCCGAAGAGGCUCUUGUAAAGGUUGGUCAAAUCAAGGGAUGGAAGGUCGAGGAGGGACAAAGCCAAGCCAAAAUUGUUGAUUUGGUUGUUCGAAAGGUUUUGGAGGAGCUAGGCAGAAAAGAUGAGUCACAGACUGAGCAUUCGAUUGAGCUUGAUGACUUGACACAGUCACUUGAAGACUCUUAUAAUCAUGCGGUGAUGCGGUAUGCCGGAAGAGAGAGUCUAAGCAGAGGAAGUAUAGGGAGAGGGACGAGUCUAAGCAGUACUAGUACAGAGAGGAGAUGGAGUAAUCUAAGCAUAAAUAGGAUAGAGGGCAUGGACAUGGAGGAGGCUAGGGUGAGUACAGGGAGGAGUGGAAGCAAAGGGAGUCUAAGCAUGAAUAGGAUGGAGGACAUGUACAUGGAGGAGGGCAGUGGGAGUACAGGGGGAGAAGUGGAAGCAGCAGAAGUGGAGGGAGCAGUGGAAGCAGCAGAAGGACUAGCAGCAGCUGAAGAGGGAGGAGUGGGAGCAGUGGAAGCAGCAGGGAAUAGCAGCGGGGAAGAGGAAGUGGGGGAAGCAGUGAGAGGAAGUUUUCAAGAUAUUUUUUGGGGACGUUCUUGGUGUGCCUUCUUUAUGCAUUGUGUUUUAGCCUUUCUCUUCUUAAAAACAAGGAAACAAGUCGGUAAACAGAUGGGUUAUGGAUGCUUCUUUCAUUUUUUGAUCAGCAUGGGAUGGUAA